GGGUGCCGGGGCCGCCGCCUGCUUGCAGAGCUUCCAGCCGGCCGUCCCGGGCCGCGAAGCCGGUGAGCGCGCAGGCCAGGCCGCAGUCCCGCUGUCCGCCCUGCGUCGUCCUCUGUCAGCAGCCAUGGGGGCUUCCGCGCGGCUAGUGCGCGCAGUGAUCAUGGGGGCUCCGGGCUCGGGCAAGGGCACCGUGUCCUCGCGCAUCACCAAACACUUCCAGCUGAAGCACCUCUCCAGCGGGGACCUGCUCCGACAAAAUAUGCUUCAAGGCACAGAGAUUGGUGUGUUAGCCAAGACUUUCAUUGACCAAGGGAAGCUCAUCCCAGAUGAUGUCAUGACUCGGCUAGCCCUCCAUGAGCUAAAAAAUCUCACCCAAUGUAACUGGCUAUUGGAUGGUUUUCCAAGGACACUUCCACAGGCAGAAGCCCUGGAUAAAGUUUAUCAGAUAGACACAGUAAUCAACCUGAAUGUGCCCUUUGAGGUCAUUAAACACCGCCUCACUGCUCGCUGGAUUCAUCCAGCCAGUGGCCGAGUCUACAACAUUGAAUUCAACCCUCCUAAAACUGUGGGCAUAGAUGAUCUGACAGGAGAGCCUCUGAUUCAGCGUGAGGAUGAUAGACCAGACACAGUGAUCAAGAGACUGAAGGCUUAUGAAGCACAAACGGAGCCAGUUUUGGAGUAUUAUCAGAAAAAAGGGGUGUUGGAAACAUUUUCUGGAACGGAAACCAACAAGAUUUGGCCCUAUGUUUAUGCUUUCCUACAAACAAAAGUUCCACAAACAAACCAGAAAGCCUCAGUUACUCCAUGAGGAGAAAAGCGUGUAACUAGUAAGAUGAGCAGAACCUCCUCAUCUUUGCAUUAGCAGCUCCUUUUACUAAGAUUCCAGCAUGUAUGAAUUCUUUGAAAAUUGUUUUAUUUCUACUGAUUUUAUUGUGGAUAUUAUUAAGGAUGUGCCAAAUGAUUCAGAUACUAAGAUUGAUCUUUUGAAAUCAUCUAGUAUAUUUUAUCCAAUUAUAUUCUAUGAGUGUGCAAUUCAAAAACAUCAGAUAUCAAAACUUUUUAAAGAAUUUGUUAAAGUAAAAAUUAAAAGAGCAAUUAGUAGUAACAUUUUUGUUCAGUAAAAGUGGUUGAUAAAAUUUUUGUAUUUUUCUGGGAAAGUUGGAAAAAUACAUGUCAUUUGGGGAAAAUAGCUCAUCAGAGGCUUCUGCAUAUACUGAUGCCAAAAAAUGUUUUCUAGCCUGUGGAACAUGGUAUGGUAAGACACUAUAUGAAAUUCCAUGAAAAAAGCAACUAGAUUUACAGAUCCGUUGCAAGAUGCAAAUUCACUGCUGCCUUUACACUAAGAAACAUGUAAGCUACCUACAUAUACUGUAUUUAUUUUGUCAUUAGAAAUACCUUGUUUACUCAGAAUUUUCAAUUUGCUAUAAAAAUGUCAGCGUAUAAGAAAAUAUUACUUUAAUACGACUUAUUUUCUUUUGAAAAAUACAUGUGUACUGAGGGACAUGAUUUGUGUCAAAAUUGACAUUGUACGUUCUUAGGUAAGCACCAACACUGACUUCAGUGGAAAAUGUAAUAAAAUCUUAGGUUUUCAGAUGUUACUCAGGUUAAGAAAUGUAUGUUUUAAGAUAUACUUGUCAGUUUUUUCUUGAUCUAAACAUACACUCUGCCUUGAUAAACAAGUUAUAGCAAAAAGAAAAAAUAAAGAAAAGAGGAAACCCAUGGUACUAUGUAAAGUAGGCAUACUUUACCAUUAAGGAAAUAGAAAUAGAUCAGGCAUACCUGGAGGAUGUUCUCUUGAGGAACACUAACAUAACUGGCAAACACAUAUUGCAGUAGAGAAUUUACAAGACAGGUUAAGAAGGACCAGGAAAGUAACUAUUCCUUAAAAGAGAUUUUUGUUUUUGAUCAAAGAAAUUGAUACUUAAUAGUGUUCAUUGCCAUCCUGUCUUAAAGGGAAAGAACUCUGCUGGUGUCAUCUGAGCAGCCAUUUUAAAACUUAAAAUCAUUUUAGACUCCUAGCAGGGCAACAAGGAUGCAUGCUUAUAUAUCCUGGCCUGGUAAAAGUUGUGCAAUUUGAGAGGUGGAGGAAAAACCCACUGUGUCUUCCAUGGGAUACUGACUCUUAUUUUCCUUGGUGCUAAAAUCAAAUGAAUCAAGUCCUUGUACAAGCUAUUAAUUGCCUUUGAAAAUCUGGCCCAUCUUAUUCCAAGGCCUUUAAAAUACAAAACAAAUGCCAGCAAGUGGUUCUUAUGUAUUUGGGGUGGGGCAUACAACUUAUUUUUCUUUCCUCUUGAUUUUUAAAAAUUUAUUGUUGAUCUUUUGAAAUGGACCAAGGCUUUUUAAAAGGAUUACAGUAAUCAUUAUCACUCUUACAAUGCCUUAUUAAAAACAUGUUAAUAUUACGUGUUUCCUAAAAAUGUUGCAAAACUACUAAACUUAGGAAUUACCACUUGGUUAUCAGGCAUACAGUCCUUAUUAGAAUGUAAUGAAAUUUCAGCACUGUAGCUAUUACUUACUUUGUCUUUGGUCCUUCACAAGGGCCACCCCACCCCACCUUCCUUUUUGCUACCCUGCCAUCUCAUUGCCUUUGUACUAAUAAAUUGUCUUAAAACAGGUUUUAAAGCUGAUUUUAUACAAUUCUUUAUCCCCUGCUAUACAGUACGGUAGCCACACUGGCUUUUAUGACAACCUUAGAUCUGGAAAUCAACAAGAAUUAAAGAAUAUACUAUGAAAAUUAA